AUGGAUGAAAUGCCUAUAGCCUUUAAUAUGCCAAAUCAAACAACUAUUGAGGAAUUUGGAACCCAAACUAUUUCAAUUCUUAUAACAGAUUAUGAGUAUACCUGUUUUACAUUUCCAGAUAGUGUAUAUGUUCAUGCAAAUCCAAGUAGUUGGAUGAAUGAGAAGGAGAUGAUUUGUAUCGAAGAAGAGGGUGAAAGUAACGAAUUAGGUUCUGAAAACAUAGAAGAUGUGGAGGAUAAUGAAAGUAAUAAUGA